UAUAGACUGCCCUCCCGGAAAAUUUGGAAUGAAGUGUAAAGAUGACUGUCCUGUAGGUACGUUUGGAAAAUUAUGCACAGGAACAUGUCAGUGCAAGUCUGGGUGUGAUAAAAGAAUUGGAUGUCCAACUAGUUCGAAUUCAAGUUUCCAUACAAGAAGAUUACUUCUAAUAGUUUUCCCAACGAGUAUCAUGGCUAUCUCUCUUACUAUUUCAAUUUUGAUACUCAAGAACAGAGGCGUAAACUUGUGCCAAAAAUGCAAUGAUUAUUCCCUAAACAAUAACGAAAAAAAGGAGACUGUAUCCGUUUCUAACAUUGUAUACAAGGGAAACAAAGAAAAGGAAGGGGAAGAGACAUGUUGGUCUGAAACACGGACUGUACCGAUACUUAGUUCAAUAAAUCACGUGGAAAAAGCCUCGGGGUCUUUUAAUGAAGAUGACAGUAAUGCUGAGAUAGAGACAGGCGUUUACAAUACCCUCACACUACGAGUUACUGGUUACGUUGAGCCUUCAGCUUGGACACGGCAUUCCACCACUGAUAUCCAUUCAGAUGCAUCUUCAACUUGCUCUAGAACCAAAGUCUUAGGUGAUUCACUAAGUAGUGGUGAAAUGACUUCUGACGAAAGAUUGUAUAGAGAUGCUUCAAUCUGUCUUCAGAAAAGCGAUAACAGAAAUAAAUCAAUGCAAACGUUUCAACAAGAGGGAAUAGACUACAGAGAAAACAGGACAGACAGUGUUUCUAUCAACUCUGAAGAUGGCUAUGUAUUUGAUGAAACAGUCCAGGAGGACAUGGGAAUGGCAGGGGAACUUCGUCAAAAACAUCUUUUUAUGAAAGAGUUGUCUUCUCAGCUUAUGAAUAUAAACAAAAACUGAUUUUCUUCCCUUUUUGGUUUAAUGCCGACAAUAUGCUCUGGAUAAACAGUAAUAGUGUAAAAAUGAUAAUAAAUUUCUAAGCUAUUUGCUUCUUUGGUGCCUUGUAAAUUUAUUUACUUGUUCCUGAUUUUUAUAUGAAUUAAUAUUUUCAAUGUUUCAGACAGAGAAAUUUGGAAAGUUCCUAUUUUUGAUAUCCAGUUAUUACAUCUCAAACAAAAAAUGCAAAACAAUUCAAAAAACUGAAAUGUGUGA